AACGAAUUGCAGUCCAUCAGCCGCAUCCACAGCGCCCAAUCCAACUCCCAUACGAUGCUGCUUGAUGACGAAUCGCGCAAGGACGUCAAUAUCAGUAGAAGAUAUGCGAGAAGCCUGGAUGCUUUCAAGUACCUGCGCUGCGACCCGAGCACGCUGAAUCCUUCCGAAAUCCCUCAUUCGCCCAUCAUCACCGGCGUGCCGGAAGACCUCAGACAUUUGAUCACCAUAUUCACGGUACAAAGGGACGUGGAGGGCAUCGGGAAGGACAUCGAUAAAUGCAUACAACUUGUAUGGCCAACGCUGGUGCCAUGGCUGGACUUUCUGCACCCAAAGCAUCGCAUCCGCAACGCGCGUCCAUCAAUGAUCCCUCUAACCGAUCUCUGCAGCGUCUUCGGGUCUAUCUAUGCCCUUGAAGACAGUGCAGCACAAAAGAAGCGUGCGGAGUCCCAGAAUCUUUGUGAUCUCCUAUUCGAUCUCUGGCUACACUUCGACACCUACCAUGUCGGUGAGAGCACUGAUGUCCUCUACUGCCUUCAUAUGUUGGGGGACGCGGUUACCGAAGCCAUGUUCGUUGCCGGAAAGGAUCGUCGCUGGGAGGCUGAGGGCGGUACUCGAUCCGAACAAGAGAGUAUCUGCCAGGUAUCUCCCCCGUAUAUCAGCCCGGUAUGCGCCCCUGCGGCACUCUCCGCUGUCCGAUACCAUCCGCGGCGCCUCUAUCGCAAAGCUCUGGUUCAGAUCCGCCUCGCUUUAGCAGAGGCUCCCGAAUCUGUACCGACGGCAGCUUCUAUCCAAAUACUGGCGCUCACUAGGCUUGCGAUGGAGGUCAUCCCGCUAUUGAAGCCUGCGCACGAUAUCAUCUGCGACUUGGUGUCUAUUUUGCGCACGAUCGCUAGCCGGGACGAUGGUGCAUACUGGACCACAGGGGUGGCUUUGAUCGUAGCGACAAUCUGGGUUAGCGCGCGCGAUGAAAGACCUAUUGUAUGGGCCUUGCGAGCAGGAUUUCUUCCUCUGGCGCUUGGGAUGCCUGAGACGGGCCAGAAAGCGACGAUCCUGGAAGCGAUUUUGGGAAAUGCGUACCAUGUCCGCGUCCUGCGUGCACUAUCUCUUGAUGGUCAGAUACCAGCGAUCUUCCCAUCGAGACCUGGAGACAAUCCAUUCACGAGUUCUGACGCCUGGCUGGAAUGCCGAGUGAAGCUCAUGAAUGAUGCGUAUCGGGACAUCUGCGAUAAUGUAGAGUACAUAUACGACGCUGUCCUUGCUUCAAUGCUUCAUAUUGCUCGGAAGAUUGCCAACGAGCUCAUCGGGCGUCGCACAAGAAAGACUGCGGCAAGGGAGCGGAAGGGACAUGUCACCUAG